AUGGAUCAGGACAAAAUUCUGGGCGCCAAGCUCUUCGAGAUCUUCCUGAUCAUGGUGAUGACGCUCAACUUACAGGCCUCCGGCGGCCGCAUCCGACUCGGAUCGCGCCGGGUCAGCUACGGGUUUACCACGUCGCAGGCGUUGCAAGCGCUAGGCAAUAUGGCGAUGAAAGUGACCACUACUAAUAUUUCAACCACUCUUUCAUAUAAGAUUAAUGCCGAUGUUGGUCGCGAGCUUCUCGCCCGCUGUUUUGACGCUCAUUUGGUGUACUGUCCUGGCGACCGUACGUUGGCCACUGUCUCUUCAGAUAGUACGAUGAUGCAGCCCACGGCUAAGGGAGUGGCUGUCGUGUCUAGAUUUGUCGCUAAGCUCGGCGUGGCACCGGAUAAAUGGCCGCUGAUCAUUACCCUGAACUAUAAUUCGCUCGCCUUAAUCAGUUUCCAACGGAACCCGAUUGACGAUACGAUUUUGCUAAGCCCAAAAUUAAUUCAGUUGAUUUUCUCGUGGAUGAUGGGACCUCAGCCAAACGUGUGGGACCCGUUUAACCCGCCUGACCCUAUUUCUAUUCAACUGGCGCACGGUAACUACCCAGGUUUACCCCAGAAAAGACUGCACCUGAUGCCACAAUCAAUCAGCUCUAGCUCUAGUGCAAAGGCUGAGGUGCUGCCGUAUCACCACCGCUACUAUACCAACCCGGAACUGGACCUGCUAAGCCAGUACUACUCGUCGGCUGCUGGUUUGAGAUUGAUAAAACAUGUAGGUAAAGUAAUCCGGUGCUUUUCUGGGAAAGGGAUAUGCCAAUGGCUCAUGGAUUGUACUGAUCUUGACUCUCCUAGACAGGCAGUGGUGAUUGCUUCACAUAUGGUGAAUAUGGGGUUAAUUCAGGCGGUAUUAGAGUCUCCGCUGAGACUGGCAGAAGGACAGUUUACUCCUCACCGAAGUUGUUAUUACUCCGUUAGUGAGCGUGGUUUGGCAGCGCUUAGAUGGGCUCAGCCACCGCUCAAUCCGUUUGCUGAUUCAAUUAAAGGAAACCCUAGUGACGGGUGGAUCAAAGCGUAUUUUGCUGACGCGUCUCUGGAUUUACUGCUUGGACAAGUGCUUGAAGACCCUGGUUUAGCUCAACUUCUCCAACAGUAUUUAGACCUAGAAUUUGCCGGAGAAAACUUAGAGGCAUACACCAAGUUGUGGUGGUUUGAAAGCCGCAUCGAUAAGCUCGUGAGACUUGUCCAGCGACUGAUGAUUGAGCCCAAGGCGGUGGUGUCGGCGAUCACCGAGUGUAAGCUGACCGCGUUCCAGAUCUUUGUGUGCCACAUUAGUGACGAUCUGCCUUACCCAGUGAACAUUGAGCUGAAACUUAAGGCUCGGGUUGCCCGGUUAUUUGCCGAUCCUGCCCACUUUGACGCUGAAGAAGUGGGUGAGUUUAUCCACACGCCUCAGGAGCUUACGUUUGAGGCCGCCGACCAAUCACGCCCGCCUCUGUACCUGGAAGAAUCGGUCACUGAGGAAGUGUUUGGGCCCAUCAACGAAAACCAGUGCGCCUUGUCAUUAUCGGAAUUGGCUUACUUGGCCCGGUUGGCGAUGGCGUUUCGGGGAGUGAUGAACCACUUGUACCGCGUAAUGGAGACCGAUAACUUCCCUCGCUUCGUCCAACUAUUCAGCAUGUAG